CGCGGGGCCGGCGCUCUCAGCCGGUCGGUUCCUGGGCGCGUUCCUGGUGACCCCGCAGUGGGUGUGUAAGGGAGGACGGACAGACUUACCAGACGCCGACCGGGGCCAGAAGAAGCUAGCCAGCACCAUGCGUGAGAUCGUGCACAUCCAGGCUGGCCAGUGCGGCAACCAGAUCGGCGCCAAGUUUUGGGAGGUCAUCAGCGAUGAGCAUGGGAUCGACCCCACUGGCAGUUACCAUGGAGACAGUGACUUGCAGCUGGAGAGAAUCAAUGUGUACUACAACGAAGCCACUGGUAACAAGUACGUCCCUCGGGCCAUCCUGGUGGAUCUGGAGCCGGGCACCAUGGACUCGGUCAGGUCUGGACCAUUCGGCCAGAUCUUCAGGCCAGACAACUUUGUGUUUGGCCAGAGUGGUGCCGGAAACAACUGGGCCAAGGGCCACUACACAGAGGGAGCCGAACUGGUAGACUCGGUCCUGGACGUGGUGAGGAAGGAGUCAGAAAGCUGUGACUGUCUGCAGGGCUUCCAGCUGACCCACUCACUGGGGGGUGGCACUGGGUCCGGGAUGGGCACACUGCUCAUCAGCAAGAUCCGGGAGGAGUACCCAGACCGCAUCAUGAACACCUUCAGCGUGAUGCCCUCACCCAAGGUGUCAGACACGGUGGUCGAGCCCUACAAUGCCACCCUCUCUGUCCACCAGCUGGUGGAAAACACAGAUGAGACCUACUGCAUCGACAACGAGGCCCUGUAUGACAUCUGCUUCCGCACCCUGAAACUGACCACCCCCACGUAUGGAGACCUCAACCACCUGGUGUCGGCCACCAUGAGCGGCGUCACCACCUGCCUGCGCUUCCCAGGCCAGCUGAACGCAGACCUGCGCAAACUGGCCGUGAACAUGGUGCCCUUCCCCCGCCUGCACUUCUUCAUGCCCGGCUUCGCCCCGCUGACCAGCCGCGGCAGCCAGCAGUACCGGGCCCUGACGGUGCCCGAGCUCACCCAGCAGAUGUUCGACUCCAAGAACAUGAUGGCCGCCUGCGACCCCCGCCACGGCCGCUACCUGACCGUGGCUGCCAUCUUCCGAGGCCGCAUGUCCAUGAAGGAGGUGGACGAGCAGAUGCUCAACGUGCAGAACAAGAACAGCAGCUACUUCGUCGAGUGGAUCCCCAACAACGUGAAGACGGCCGUGUGCGACAUCCCGCCACGCGGCCUGAAGAUGUCCGCCACCUUCAUCGGCAACAGCACGGCCAUCCAGGAGCUGUUCAAGCGCAUCUCGGAGCAGUUCACGGCCAUGUUCCGGCGCAAGGCCUUCCUGCACUGGUACACGGGCGAGGGCAUGGAUGAGAUGGAGUUCACCGAGGCCGAGAGCAACAUGAACGACCUGGUGUCCGAGUACCAGCAGUACCAGGACGCCACGGCCGACGAACAAGGGGAGUUUGAGGAGGAGGAGGGCGAGGAUGAGGCUUAAGUUCACACUUCAAAGCAGGUUAGGAAAAGUUGAGAAGGCAAGCAAGGGGGAGGGGGGCUUCCUGGUGAAAAUAUCUUGGCAGUUGGAGGAAAGAAGCAUGGUCUACUCUAGUUGUGUGCGCUGGUUCUCUGGUGCUCUUCACUGUUGCCUGUCAUUUUUUUUCCUUUUUGUAACAUUGAUGACAUCAAUGUAACAUUUGAGGUAUUUCUGAACUACUGUUGUAAUGGCUAAAAUCACAUAAACGUUUGUGUCCUAA